UAUAUUUAUUAUUUAAAAAAGUAAUACAAAUACAUUAAUAUAAUGUAAAUGAUCACGUUUCGUGAGAAGAUAACUUUUAAACAAUCCAGAUUUCAACCUCUAUUUAUUUUUAUUCAUUUUUUAUUGUAAUAUAAAUAUUUAAACUAAAAACUGCACAUAGAUUAAUAUGUUUUUGUUAGAACCGACACGCGCAUGUUCAAGGCUUCGACAAACCAGAACUCGGUCAAAUAUUGAUCGAGUUUAGUCCAAAACGAGAUUGAUCCGCAAAAACACCACUUAGAACUCGAAAACAUGAAAUACAACGUCUUCUUUCUGUUAAUAUUCGCGUAUUUGAAAUUAAUUCAUAGUUUGGAUAGUAAUCAACAAAAACCGGAGGGACCACCGUUAAAAUAUGUUCGAAAUUGGUCCGAGAAAUUAGGGGGGGAACUUUGGCACUUUGGUGAUUUAGUAACAAGGAGGCAUCAAGCGAUGGAGAGCUUUAAAAAGUUAACAAUCAUCGAAGAACACGGGGAUAUGUUGCUAAAAGAUAUUGCAGAAGUAAUCGGAAAUUUUUUACAAAAAAAAGUAGACGCUGUUAAGCGUGUUGUCGAUAUUUCCGAACAAUUAGCCAAAGUUCAAAAAGACCACGUUGACCCAUCUUACGACUUUUACAACGCAAAAAACCUCUCAAACUCAAUCAAAACAAAUUUAACUAUGCAAAAUUCAACACUAGAAAGACACGAUUACGAGAAUUUCCGCGAAAAACGAUUUUUAGAGGAGGAAGAAGGUUAUCAACAAGACAAUGGAGACUCCGAAAUCGAUCAAGACCAACCGAACGGAAAUGAAGAUGAGGAUAAUUUUGAUAACGAAGAAAAUAUCGUAACCGAUGACGAAUUAGGCCCAAUGGCGAGCCAAAAAACGCCGACGGAAUCUAAAAGAACCUUACCUUUAACACCAAACGUUCAUUUUUAUAACAUCCCGGUUAAUACUAAUCAUAGCGCCGUUCACGUCCCAAUCAACGUCUUCGAACGAUCACCGGAAGUUAUUAAAGGAAUUAAAUGGUCCGAACAACUCGACGAUACGUUUAGAGAUAACUACGAAAGAGACCCAACGUUGUCUUGGCAAUAUUUUGGAAGCUCAACUGGGUUUAUGAGACAAUUUCCAGCAAUGAUUUGGUCUCAAGAUCCAAUCGAUCUCUUCGAUUGCCGCACUCGUUCUUGGUUCAUCGACGCGGCGACAUCCCCAAAAGACAUUAUAAUCCUGGUGGAUCGUUCGGGUUCAAUGACGGGGAUGCGACGCGAAAUAGCACGACACGUCGUCAAUAACAUUCUCGAUACGCUAGGAAAUAACGAUUUCGUUAACAUCUACACGUUUAGUAACACCACGGAAGCCACCGUUGAGUGCUUCAACGACUCCCUCGUCCAAGCUAAUUUAGCCAACGUUCGAGUGCUUAAAGAGAGUAUGACCGGGUUUAAAACGGAACAAAUCGCCAAUUUUUCGUUGGCUUUAAACACGGCGUUUGAGUUGUUACAAAAGUAUCGGGAAAAUCAAAUCGGGGCAAUGUGUAAUCAGGCGAUUAUGUUAGUCACUGAUGGUGUUCAAUACAAUUAUAAAGAAAUUUUUGAGAAAUAUAAUUGGGAUAAUUUGCCGUUUAUUCAUGUGAGAGUUUUUACUUAUUUGAUUGGGAGGGAAGUUUCUGAUGUUCGAGAGGUUAAAUGGAUGGCGUGUGCUAAUCGGGGUUAUUUCGUGCAUUUAAGUACUUAUGCUGAAGUUAGAGAGGAAGUGUUGCAAUAUAUUCCGGUUAUGGCACGCCCUAUGGUUUUAAAUCCUAAGCAUCGCCCCGUACCAACUUGGUCCCCCGUUUAUGCGGAUGUAACUGAUCCCAAAUUGACGAAUUGGUUGUGGGUGACUCGAGAAAAAAAUUUGCAAAGGGAACAAUUUCGUACCCGGACGUUGUUAAAGUCGGAUGAGAAGGAUAAAUUGUAUGUGCAUCAACAAAAAAAGAAACAAGAUAAUUAUGGGGAGUUGCAAAAAUAUCAUCUGAUGACUUCGGUUUCUUUGCCGGUUUACGAUUUACGACCGAACGCAAACAUUACAGAACAAAUACAAAUAAACGAAGCUGUAUGGAUAACGGUAACUAAAGAGACGCGCGUAGCUAAUUUAUUGGGAGUAGCCGGAACCGAUGUCCCAAUCGAGUACAUUCGGAAACUCAUCAAGCAUCACCGAAUUGGCGUAAAUGGAUACGCUUUUUUAGUCACUAAUAAUGGGUAUAUUUUGAUUCAUCCCGAUUUAAGACCCGUUUUUCAAGGUAUUUUAAAACCUGCUUAUAACCGAGUUGAUGUAACGGAAAUUGAAAUAAUGAAUGAUGAUGCGGAGCCGAGAGAUUUUAGUGAAGAAAUUUUGAAAUUACGAAAUGAGGUGACAAUGCAAAUUAAUGGGACGGCUAUUCUCGAUAUGAAAAUGCACCUUGAUAACAUGAAAAGAAUAAUGAUGGGGAAACGAUACUAUCAUUACAUGCCCAUAAAUAACACCCCGUUCAGCUUAGUGUUAUCGUUCCCUGAUAAAUACGGAUUUUAUCAAGGUGGGAGCCCCCUAGAGUUUGAUAUCCACCGGUUGAGACCUCUCGUUAAUAUAAGCGCGUUCGUUCGGGAGUGUUUAAAAGAUAAUUGGACGGUGCAUCCGGAAUGGAAUUAUUGUAACCUGGGAAAAUCGAAAGCUGAGAAUAUCACGGAGGAAAUCCACAAAGCGUUUAUGGAGAUUGAAAAACCUGGUUGGAAAUGGUCCGAUGAGUGCGAUAGGAAAUUGAUGUGUUCUUUAGUAACCGAUGCGAACAUCACGUUUUGGUUCUACGACAACAUCAACUUAACGAAUAAACAAACAGAUGGACCGAUAGCUAUGUUGAUGUCGUUGCUACCCAGGCACGAAUUGAUCAAAAGAUUCGGGAUAACCGUCGUUUUUAUCGCGACUCAAAGCGGGUUAACGAGAUGGCAAGAGUUUCCACAAAACAUCGAUGAGCGGCUUAAAGAUGAACCGAAAUUUCAUCAACUCCACGAUAAAGCAAUCGAUGAGGUUUGGUAUCGAAGAGCCGUCGAGCAUUAUUACAUCGACCCAAAAAGCUUCGUUUACUCAGUUCCUUUCGAUGUUGACGUAGACGAUGAAAAUAAAACCUUAGUAACGGCAAGUCACGCAAUUUUUCGCGAGGAUGGUUCAAAAAAGACUCCCGUAGCUGUGGUGGGGUUCCAAUUUUAUUACACAGCGCUUCAAGAACAUUUCAUGAAAACGACGUCGAAUUGUGGAAAUGGUUGUAAAAGGACGUGCACUUCCGGGGAAUUACUUUGUUUAUUGCUCGAUGAUAACGGGUAUAUUGUGGCUGCGUAUAAGCCGAAAUCGAACGAGGAUAAGCAACCACAAAUUGGAACGUUUUUCGGCGAUUUUCGGCCGGAUAUUAUGCAACAAUUGGUGAAGGAGAAAAUUUAUAAGGCGCAUAAAAUGUAUGAUUAUCAAGCGACGUGUUUUCCGACGAUUUCAACUGGAAAUCCGGCUACUAAAUUAUUUACGCCAUUAACCCAUUUCACAACCCUCCUUCAAUACUUCCUCAAUUUAGUCCUAUUUUUUACAAAAUCAAUUUACACCGAUGAAUUGGACACAGGAUACUCAAAUGAAGAGUCUGAAGACGAUCAAAGAUCAUCAGAAAACGAUUACCGCGCCUUAUUAAUCAACAAAACCAAGCCAGAACCUUGCGACACAAAAAUGUGGCUCUACACGUUGAUCCAUUACAACGACAAAAACGUCAGCGAGAGUGGUUAUAACAAAGAAAACAUGUCGGAAGAUUGUUCUCGUCCUUUUUUGGUGGAACCAGUUGGUUAUAGCAACUUAAUUUUUUUGGUCGUUAGCCAAAUAUGUGACCAAAAAAUGUAUGAGUCUAAAUCGGACGAAAGUGAGAUGGAGGAGGAGGAGGAGGAGGUUCCUCAAAAUCCAUAUCCUGUCGAGGUUUAUUAUGAUAAUGUCACAUUGUCGUGUUAUAAAGUUUUGUAUAAUGAUUUUCCAAGGAGGCAAUAUAUGAGUUGUAUUAAUGAGAGCAAAGAGGAGAAGGAAAUUAGAUUAUGUGGGAAUGGAUCAAAACUUACUCACAUCCCAUGGUUUUUUCUCUACAUCUCUUUAAUCCUAUUAAUUAUAGAUUAUUAAUUUGAUAUUAAAAAAAAUUUGAAAAAAAAAAUAUAUAUAUAUACUGUGAUACGCAUGAAAAUUAAAUUAAAUUAAAAAAAUAAUACUUAAUCAUAUCAUUAAAUUAAUUAAUUAAUUAACUGCUAACAUUGUUGUUUAAAUCCUCCUCUUAUUAAUUAUUAUUUUGAAAUAAAAAUAAAAACUCA